UUCUUCAUGCAUAUUUCUUUUUUCAUACAAUUUUCAUUUUCAUGGAGUUAGUUAACUCAAUAACUCCUUUGAAAUUAACUCAGUUUUUCAUUAUUUCCAUCUUUUUCUCAAAUUUUUUUCAAAUUGAAGUUGAAUCUGAGACACCCAAUCAGUUUUUCAAAGGAUUUAAAGCAAACCCAGAUCCCCAAAUUUCGAAUUUUCAGCCUCUUCUUACUGAUUCUACUGGAAAUUAUUCACUGAGUUUUCUUCGAGUUGAAGAAAAUCAACUCAGUCUUGCUGUUAUCCAUGUUAAAUCUUUCGAGUCGAUAUGGGUUGCUAAUUUGACCCGUUUAGCUAAAUGGGCUUACCCGACUGAGCUCUACUUCAAUGGCAGCCUUGUUCUGUCUGAUUCACGUUCAGGGGUAUUUUGGUCAACUCACACUGAUGGAGACCGUGUUUGGCUUUCAAAUACAUCGAAUUUGCAAGUUCAGAAGGUUGAUCAUGGAGUGACGUCACCUUCUGUUUUAUGGCAAAGUUUUGAUUUUCCCUCAAAUACCCUUGUGGAAAAUCAAAAUUUCACUAGUGCCAUGACUUUAGUUUCAUCAAAUGGGCUUUAUUCCAUGAGAUUGGGCUUUGAUUUUUUCGGGUUGUAUUUUAAAGGUGAAUCGGGUUCGGGUUCGGAUCCGGGUCGGAUCUAUUGGAGGCACAAGGCAUUAGAAGCUAAAGCUGAUGUGAUGGAAGAUCAAGGACAUAUUUAUGUUGUGUUAAAGUCAAAUGGUUUUUUGGGUAUGUACCAAAAUGAGUCAGUUCCAGUUGACGUUGAAUCAUUUAACAGCUUUCAACAACCCGUAUUCGGUGUCCGUCGGGUCCGGGUCGAACCGGAUGGUAACUUAAAAGGGUAUUUUUGGGACGGGUCGAGUUGGGUAUUGGACUAUCAAGCGAUAAAGGAGACAUGUGAAUUGCCUAGCCCCUGUGGGGCAUACGGGCUCUGUCAUCCAGGCAAGAGUUGUUCUUGCCUGGAUAGCAGCACGGACUAUAGUAUCGGCGGGUGUGUCCCGCCGAACACUCAGGAGCCCCGCGAUUUUUGCGGGGCCUCCUAUGAUCUUGAUCACAAGAAGUACAAGGGGUUAUCAAGAAAUGGUGUUGAGUUGCCUAACACUGAGUUAAUGGACUAUCAACAUAUGGUUUCUUUUCAAGAAUGUCAAAGUGCAUGUGAAGGAAAUUGUACAUGUUGGGGUGUGGUGUACACUAACACAUCUGGAUUUUGCUACAUACUAAAUUACCCCAUACUAAGUUUAGUAGGGGUGAGGGAUGAAUCCAAGAUGGGGUUUUUCAAAAUGAGGGAGGGUGUAGGAAAAGAUAAGAUGGGGAUGGGGUUUGGGGUGGGCGUAGGGCUAUUAUGUGGGGCCAUAUUGGUAUUAGGUGGGGUCAUAGGUUUAGGGUAUUAUAGAUAUAUAAAAAGAAAAAGAGAAAGAGGAGUUAGUGGUUAUGUUGAUGAUGAUGGAGUAGUGGUUGGACCAUAUAAAGAUUUGGGAAAUGCAAGUUUUAGGUCAAUUGAACUAAUUGAAAGAUGAGGUAAGGGAUGACAUCUUUUGAGAUAGAGACCUAAUCAUCAUACAAUAUAAAAAGUUUUACAAUAUGGUGGAAGUGGGACACAUUUUGAGCUUUUGGCUAGUGGGGCCUACUUUUUAUUAUCAUAUUUCCUCUGUUCCAUUUUACGCAAUACUUUUCGGAUUUUGACUCUCAAACAAGUUUAUUUCUGACAGUAAGUUUUUUCAUAGAUCUUUUAAAUAUUUUUGAAUUAUUAAAUAUUGUGACUUAAAAUACUUUUUACGUAGUUUACAAAUAUAUAAAUGUUAUUUCAAAAAAUUUAAAGAUUCUAUGUGCAAAUUGCCGAUCAAAUUUAAAUUGUUUGACUCUCAAAAAAUGAAAAGUGUCAGAUAACUUGGGAUGGAGGGAGUUUUGGCAAGUGGGAUCUACUUUUCACACAUGUGGAGGUGCUUUUGGCAAAGGAAGAAGAUUGAUGUGGUCAAAGGACAAAAAGAAAGGCUAAAUUUGGCAAAAUGAUAUUGUAUUAUAUUCUUGUAAUUGGAGAAAGACUACUUUUAGAUGUUUUUAUAUUAUAGUUAGGACAAUGACUUGCAAGUACUUAUUUUCUUAGUGAUCACUUUCUUAUCUA